UCGGUGGGGCUUUGGGUCCGUCGGGGGAAAUUUAGGAGGGAGUGUGUAUCGAGCAUCAAUCCACCUUCCCCCAGUUUGGCAGAGUAGGCCCUCGUGCGCAAAAGCGAGUCCUCACACUCCACUCUCUCGUCCCGACGUUCAGUCAUAAACCUCAGACGACCACGUCUCGCAUCCCUGGAAAGACGAAUCGAAUUUAUUUUUGUUAUUUUCCUAUUUUUGUACGUGUGCUGUGAUCUGUGUCAGUGUCCUGUGUCUCGGCGUUAGAAUAUUUUGUCGGACUGUAACGAGAUUCUCGAGGGUCGUGCAGCUUUUGGAUUACCGAAUCGUGGCGAUCGUCCGUUUAAAGAACAUGACACGCCGUGUGAUUGUGCCGAAGGAGCUAAGCCCCCAGUCGGAAGUCGAGAGCGAAGCGAGAUGAACAGGAACUUUCUACCCUGUCGUUCUUUUUCUUUUAUGUUUUCUUAUCGAGUGCGGAUAAGCGCGUGUGUGAAGUAAUCUACUGGGAGUGAUGAUGGGAGGCCUCGGAGGAAGCGAACAGCAGUACUCGCUCCGAUGGAACGACUUCCACUCGUCCAUCCUUUCCUCGUUCAGGCAUCUGCGAGACGAAGAAGACUUCGUGGACGUGACCCUCGCCUGCGACGGUUGCUCCUUUACGGCGCACAAAGUCGUCCUUUCCGCGUGCAGCCCCUACUUCAGAACGUUGCUCAAGGCGAACCCGUGUCAACACCCCAUCGUCAUCCUGAGGGAUGUCCGUGAGCAAGAUAUGGAAGCUCUUCUCAGGUUUAUGUACAACGGCGAGGUCCACAUAGGUCAAGAACAGCUGAGCGAUUUCCUUAAAACGGCCCAAACCCUCCAGGUCCGAGGACUCGCCGACGUACCCGCGAAAGAACAACAAAAAUUACUUACUGGUUCAAAUCCUACUGUUCCUUGGGCAAAUAACAACAAUAAUGAAUCCAAUGUGUCUUCGAUAGUACAAAAUCCUAGCGAUGGAGGAGCAUCUCCACCACCUAGCAAAAGGAGCCGGAGUUCAGAACUAGCCCAGAAUUCUGUGAUAGGUAAUAGAUUCUCUCCCUCUCCGGCAUCCUCAUUGAACACCAAUAACCACCACCACCAUUCAGAAGCGAGGGAGAGUCUUCUGUCUCAAGCGUUAGAGUCAACGCAUAACAGUGUAUCAUCCAACAAUCAGCCUAAAGGGAACUCUGAUUCGUCAGUUCAUGCACAGUCGACAGGUGAAGAGAGCAACUCAUCUGACACUGGCCUUUCAGAACGGGGAGCAGUGUCCGACAGAGGUCUCUCCAUAUCCACCAUGAAUGGACCACAUUCCAUGGCUGAUCUCAUUCAACCAAAAACUGAGCCAUCAGAGUACGGCGACCACCACAAUUCCCUCGUUAUGGACCCAAACAGGACUCCAAACUUUUCGGCAGCAUUGCUUGGACUCCAAGGUAGACUCCCUGGGUUACUACCUGGUCCGUCUGGGAUGCACAACAGUGGACCAGAUAACAGUUUCGUGUCAAGGCGUGGAUUGGAUAUGAUGAGGGUGCGUGCCACUGACCCUAGACCUUGCCCAAAAUGUGGUAAAAUAUACAGGUCGGCACACACCCUGAGGACGCAUUUAGAGGACAAGCACACCGUCUGUCCUGGGUACAGGUGCGUCCUAUGUGGCACGGUAGCCAAGUCAAGGAAUUCACUGCAUUCGCACAUGAGCAGGCAGCACAGGGGGAUCAGCACCAAGGACCUACCGGUACUCCCGAUGCCUUCACCUUUCGACCCAGAACUUGCCUCAAGAUUGCUUGCAAAAGCUGGUGUUAAGGUAUCUGCUGCUGAACUAAGGGCAAGGGCGUCACCGACAGGGCCUCCUAGAAGACCAGAAGUGAGACUUGAACUGAAGUCUUCUGACGAUCCUGAGGAUUUGACAGUUCACAAUAAUCAUUCGACACCCGCCUCGAGGUUCUGCAGUGUCGAUAUAAGGCCCCUGUCACCACCGAUCAGACAUCCCAUGUCUUCACCACCCCCGCCCCAGAUGCCGCCACACCACAACAACAAGGAUCCUCGGGGUCCUUCGACAGGUUCUGCAAUCCUAGACACAUAUCUGCAAUUCAUAGCAGAAAAUUCUGCAGGUUUGCACCUGUCGGCAGAGCAGGCGGCUAAGAUGGCAGCCAAGGUCUCCGAGGAGCAAAGAAGGAUGGCAUUGAUGGAUGACAGAGGGGUCGAAGAAUCUUCUGAGCCAGAGGAUGAUUUCAGUGAGGAAGAACAUGAACCUGAACCGAUUAAAGCCGAGUAGCCUUGUUUUUAGCAUUCCGCUUACAUAUAGAUACACAUAAGUGUUAACAAGAUGUUAAGCUUCAUAAAAGGGCCACAACUAUUGGCCACAAAAUGUGUUGUUUAAAACAGGAAGCAUCGUGUCAGAAUCUUCCCCAAAACUCCCAGUAGUGCCAUUAAUUGUUAUGUAGUUAUAAAAAGUUCAUAGUCUACCUCAGGCAAGUAAAACAUUUGCAAUAAACGGGUUAAUAUUUAGUAUAAGGUUAAUUAUAAAAUGUUUGGAUAUAGUUAUUAACUACCUCAGUUUUAUGUCAGUCUGUGAAAUCUACAUUUGAUUCUUGUUAGUCAUUGUUUCGUAAACAAAUUUUUAUUUUCUUAUUAAAUUAGGAAGUUGAAUUAUUCCAAUCAAACUACCUCAGGCAAAUUGCUAUAAAGCUUUAUGACAAUGCUUACAUAUUUUGCUCUCUACCUCUGGACACACAAAUAAAGUUCACAAAACAUUUUCCCACGAUGUUGUCCCAGAAGACAAUCUCAGGUGAUUGAUUGUAUAAUGUUUUUAAAUUUAUUUUUGUUUAUUAGAUAAUUAGGAAAUGAAAGUACAAAUAUAUUCACUGUUAUAUCGACAUAAUAAAUAUGUAUAUGCAUAUAUAUUUAUCACUAAUACAAAGGAUUUUUUUUUUAAAUCUACCUCUUUUGUCAGGAAGUGGUUUACAAGAAUAGAGCAAUAUUAUUUUAAGAUGUAAAAUAGAAGUUUCUUUAAAAAUUCUGUGACCCCCAGCACAGUCACUUAAAACCGGGGAGUUAAAGAGAUGAAAUGUGAAGAACCACAUUUCAGUUAUGUUAAAUAGGAAAUUAAUAACAUCAGUUUUAGUUUUUCACUAGAUUAAAUAAAGAUUUUAACAAAAGUACUUAUAUUUACUAGUUAAAGAAAUUAAGAAGAGUAUAGCAGAACUGAUAUAUUUGUUGUUAUAAUUCAAUUUAAAAAAUAUAAUCGCUAUAUCUUAUAUUGAAAAAAAAUUAUAAUGGAAGUAACUUUGAUACAAAAUUUGAUAAUUUAGUCUUUUUUUCAUAUGUAAAGAAGCAAAAGAAAAACUCGUCCAGACGUGCAUCAAAUUAAAAUUGCUAUUUUUAGUAACUAGAAAGGGAAACCUAAACUUCUGAGUAAGCGUUAGGCUUCCAAAAUCCUGCCCAGAUAUAAUACACUGUACCUAACAGUCUUACAUUUAACCUUAAAGUGCAUUUAUGUACAAUUGGAAUACAGGUAGUAGAUUUAGUGCACAUUUUUAUAGUCAUAUAUUUUUGUUUUUAAGAGGAAAAUGUAAACUACUUUCCCGUCGUUUACCUAAAGUACAAAAAUAAACUCUAAUAAGCAAUUUCUUUUUAUAUUCAGUAAAAAUCUCCAACCAUAGGUACAUAUACAUAUUUUUAUAGUUUGCACUCCGGUAAAAUUUUUAAGCCAGUCGCUAAAACCGAUUAAUUAAAAAAAAAAAAAAAAUAAGACUGAUUCAAUUUUAGCCUUAAAAUCGGUUUUGCCUGACUGACUGGUAGUUUUGAUAAUUUUUACAGAGAUAAAAAAGAAUAAAUAAAUAAAUAAAACAAUGUUUCCUAGACAGGGAAUUAGUGUUCUCAAGACUGAUUGUGCACUGUUGGUUUAAGUGAUUAAGUUUGGCAUAAUCCCAUUUGUCACUAACAAUACAAUAUUUUGUGUGAAAAA